CGGCUUCGCACUGGACUGGCAGUGGGUGACUCGUUGACUGCGGCGACGGUAAUGUAGGCAACAUGGGAGACGCAGUGGGAUUUACCGUGACCAGUCUGUGAGGAGCGUCGGGAACAUGGCGGAGAGGUUGGAGUGGGUUGAGAUCAUCGAGCCGCGCACGCGGGAGCGCAUGUAUGCCAACCUGCUGACGGGUGAGUGUGUUUGGGACCCUCCACAGGGGGUAUGCAUCAAGCGGACCGGUGAGAAUCAGUGGUGGGAGCUAUUUGACCCCAAUACCUCGCGCUUCUACUAUUACAACGCCUCCACCCAACGCACAGUUUGGCAUCGGCCCCAGGCAUGUGACAUCAUCCCCCUGGCAAAGCUGCAAACCCUGAAGCAGCACACUGAUGCUACCAACCCCCGUCCUGCAGGAGGAGGAGGAGGACGAGCGUCAGCAGACAACAGCCCGGGACGGAUCAGUGGCGUCAGCCGAGAGGGAAGCACUUCCUCUUCCCUGGAUCAGGAGCUGUCUGAAAAACAGGGCAACAGAGAGGAGACAGACAGGACUUCUCCCUUCAGGUGGAACACUGGUACGAAAGAGCGAAUGCUGAUCAAGGUGACAGACAGAGAGCCCAGUUUUUUGGCCCACCAAGGAAAUGGUUACUCCCCCUGUGACCCCCCCACCCCUUGCGCUCCUUCUGGAGGGGGCUCCACUUCACGAACACGACCCUCUGGAGGAAACCCACCAUCAGACUCUGAUGGCUCCCCCGUUCUCUAUGCCGACCGCCGUCAGUCUCCCUUCCUGAAGCGCGCUGAGCUUGGUGGAACCGGCACCCACCGCCGCUCCUCUGAUUCACAGCCUCCCUCGCCUCGCUAUGCCUAUGAACCCCCACUGUAUGAGGAGCCGCCAUCAGAGUACCAGCCCCCUCCUAUCUAUGAGGAGCCUCCCACUGACAUGCAGCUCUCUGACUCCUCUUCCUUUUACGGUACUGGCAAGUCACCAGCUCACAAGUCUUCAGCCCCCCUCUAUCACUCUCCCAAACAGGGCCAGUCGCCCUAUGGCCAGCUGGUUCUGACCAGGCAAAAGUGUCCAGAAAAGACCCAAAGUCUGGAGUACAGUCCUGUGGGGAAGGAGUAUGUCAAACAGCUGGUCUACGUAGAGCAGUCAUCUUCCAGUCCUCGCUUCAAGACUGCCGACCGCCUGCUCCGUUACGGCACUAGUGGGGGCUAUGGUGGCUCUUAUGGGGGGUCCUAUACUCUGCAGCACAGCCAGUCUCUGAUCAGGGACCCCCGCCUACUGCUGGAUUACAGUGGGGAGGGUGGAGAGGGAGGUCAGAGGUUGCUUUAUGAGGACUCCAUAUCCUGGACAUCCGGCCAGACCCACUCCCUCUCCUCCUCCUCUACAGGUGGUCUUGAGGCUUUCUCUCCUGCAGGAAACCGCAAACGCAAGAGUCGAAAGCCCUCCCUCCCUCAGGAGCUGGCAUAUUGUGGGGGCCCAGAGGGGGAGCUAACAGGCACAGCAUCCGAAGCAAUGCUAGCCCAGGCAAGGCUUGCGUGGGAGGCCCAGCAGGUGAUGAAACAGAGAAGUAGUUGGGACUCGGGUCAGGGAGGUGGGGUUGCCCAAGGUGGCUGCUCCAAAGAUGGCUACGAGAGCGAUGGGGCCGUUCCACUGCCGUUACCGGGGCCAGUGGUGAGGGCAUUCAGCGAGGAUGAGGCACUAGCACAGAGUGACAGCCACCACCACUGGAAACGCAGCACCUUUGACCGGCUAGGCUUCCCUCAGGCUCUGCUGGAGAAAAGCCUCUCUGUCCAGACCAACCUGGCCUCUCCUGAGCCUUAUCUCCACCCAUCACAGUCGGAGGACCUCGGAGCCUGUGCCCAGUUUGAGGCCAGUCGAAAUGCCAGGAAUAUGAUGCCGAGUGCCAGCUGUGGCAUCUUCCCAGAAUUCACCCUGAGGAAGCCCUCCUCUGAGACUGACAUCGAGAACUGGGCAUCUAAGCACUUCAACAAACACACGCAGGGUCUGUUUAGAAGAAAAGUUUCCAUUGCCAACAUGCUGGCCUGGAGCAGUGAGCCCAUCAAGAAGCCAAUGAUCGUGACCUCAGAUCGCACAGUUAAGAAGGAGGCAGUGGACAUUUUUAAGCUCAUCCAGACCUACAUGGGGGACCGUCGCUCAAAGGUUGACCCCCUCUCUGUGGCUCUGGAGGUGGUGGUACGUGGGUGGAGUAACCAGGGCCUGCGUGAUGAGCUCUACAUCCAGCUUUGUCGUCAAACUACAGAGAACUUCCGCUAUGACAGCCUGGAACGAGGCUGGGAGCUGAUGGCUAUCUCUCUGGCCUUCUUCCCCCCCACACCCCGUUUCCACAACUACCUGGAGGGCUACAUCUACCGGCACAUGGACCCACUCAACGACACCAAGGGAGUAGCCAUCAGCAGCUAUGCUAAAUACUGUUACAGGAAACUAACUAAAGCUGCACUGACUGGACCCAAGAAGGGCCUGCAAAAGCCCUGUCUGGAGGAGAUCAUGCAUGCCAGAAAUGCCAUCUUCAGUCCCUCCAUGUUUAGUUCCUCGCUGGAGGAGGUAAUGGCCCUGCAGAAGGAGAGGUAUCCAGACAGCCAGCUACCUUGGGUGCAGACUCGCCUCUCUGAAGAGGUUCUGGGACUUAAUGGGGACCAGACAGAAGGCAUCUUCAGAGUACCAGGUGACAUUGAUGAAGUCAAUGCCCUCAAGCUGCAAGUGGAUCAAUGGAAAAUUCCAACAGGACUGGAAGACCCACACAUCCCAGCAUCCCUGCUGAAGCUCUGGUACAGGGAGCUGGAGGAGCCCCUGAUCCCUCACGAGUUUUAUGACGAGUGUAUCAGUCACUAUGACAACCCAGAGGCAGCCAUCAAUGUGGUGCUGGGUCUGCCACACAUCAACAAACUGGUGCUCUGCUACCUCAUCCGCUUCCUACAGGUGUUUGCUCAGUCUGCCAAUGUGGUCAUCACCAAGAUGGAUGUGAACAACCUGGCAAUGGUCAUGGCUCCCAACUGUCUCCGCUGCCAGUCAGACGACCCCAGGAUCAUCUUUGAGAAUACUCGCAAGGAGAUGUCCUUCAUCCGUGUGCUCAUCCAGCGACUGGACACCAGCUUCAUGGAUGGAAUCCUAUAGCCCCCCAACACCACCACCACUGCCUCUAAACACACACACAAACUUAACUCCCACCCUCCUUUACACUCCCUUUAAUCCCCGCGAUGACAGGCCUCUACGCUCUCCCCCAGCACAGGGACAUCAUACAUUCAUUCUGCUGCUGGGUGAAUACCUCACAUCUCCAACAUGUUUACUUUCCUAGAACUAACUCAACUGAUCUGACUCUGUCCUCUGUACAUUUUGAGUUGAACCAGCUGUUUUUCUUUUUCUGCCGCUAUUGGAGUGACAAGGUGUUUCAUAUAGUACUGUGUGUGCCUUCACAUGCACUAAUCGACUUUACAAAUAGAAUAUGAAGGAAUCAGCAGGGAUCUCAUCAUGUCAUCGGAGUCAUGUUUCACUGGUUCAUUUUAAAUCCAACUUGUAAGUUUGAAAUGAACUGGUGUUUGUCUUUGUUUUCUCCUGCUCACACACACAUACACUGUCAUACUGACACGCACGCACGCACGCACGCACACAUGCACUCACACACACACUCACACACACACAGUACAGGCACACAUGCUCAGCCCCAGGAUUUCACCCUCUGCUGUGAACACCACAAUCCGACACAGCAGGAAUUCUGCCUCUGUCAAGCCCUGGCUGAACAACGCAUCCAGCACCAGAUUUUCACAACAAGUGAAUCCUAACUGCACUGUUCUAUCACUGUCUAAUGAUAUCAUAUUAUCUGUUAGAUUCUCCGACUGAGAGGUGAUGCUGUGACCAACGUGUUUUCACAGGCAGCAAACAGAACUUUUCACACUGCCAGAGUAGGAGCUGAAAACUCUUCACUGCAGCACACGUGUGCUGCUUCCAGGGAACAGACAGGGAGAGGAGAAGACUGAACCUCACUUCAUUCUGUUAAAGGAGCGCGAGGAAGACAGUGAUACUGUGACAGUUGGCCUCUUAGCCAUCAAGUGACGAGAACAUGGACAGUGAAUCACCCAGAGUUGUGCACAGUUUCCAAGUUGUUGGACAGACACAUUAUUAUAGACAGUGUUUAAGUUAAUUUUAGUUUGAAGUUAAUGCAAAAUAGUGAACAGUGUCACUCAGUGUACUUCAUGGCUGAUUGUGAUCACUGACUCUACAUGUUACUUUGCACAGGCUCUCUUUCGGUCUCCAAAAACUCUGGAUUUACCUUUCUCAUAUUGAUUUAAAUGUCAUCUCAAACCAUCUCUUAUUCUCUCCUCGCUGCUGUAGGCACUGAUGUCAGGUAUGAAAUAGUCUGUAUUUACAUAGCACUUUUCAAGUCUUGAUGACCACACAAAGCUCUCUUCACUACAGUUGAGCCUUUCAAAUAGUGCAUCUGUGUGCAGUACUUUCUCGAACACACAUCAAUUCCACACUGCCAGCACAGUCGUCCAAAGUGUUCCUGUAUUGUUACACACUUGUAAAGUUCAAAAGACUGAUGCCACAUCGGACUGAGGUGGCUGUGCACUGACCUCUCUGCCAGCUACAGCAAAGUUAAGGUGCAACUUAAAGGAAUGAAUCAUUUAAUUUUAGGAUUUAUCCCUGGUGCCCUUUACAUUGAUGUAAUGAAUAAUAUUAUUUCAUUAUUAGUUAAUGCAAUUGGGAAAUUUAUAGAAAAAAUUAAAUAUUAAUAAUAAUAAAUAUUUGUAGACCACAUUGUACCAAGCAGUUGUCCAUUAUACUUACAUACUUUGGUACGUAAUUACAGACAAACAUUCUACUAAAAGUCCAAGAUGAAGUUUAGGGGGUCCUGCACACAGCCUGUUCACAAUAAUAUAAACGUUGUACUAAUGCCUUUCAUACACUCCAUUCAAACAACACUUAGAAUAUGCAACCGAAUGUGCUGUAGUCAGAGGCUGUUGAUAGGUUCCAGUUUCACACUGACUAUAAGCAGUCUGAGUUUCCAGUGUUAGGAAGUUCAGUGAUUACACGUAAUCAUAUCGUAAGGAAUCAGACGGACUUUGAACCCUGAACUUGAAGCAGCUUCUCACUGUGAGUCAGUGUAUCACACUGUCUUCAGAUCGGUCAUAACAGGUAAUCAAACAGGUAGUGGCUUUAAUCUGGUUGUACUUGUUAACAAGGGGACACUGAGGCUACGCCUCUACAUGCUGAUGAUUAAGUUUCCUGGUGUUCUUCCCAUUCAGUCCAUGUGACAUGAAUGCAGCAUCACUCUUCCAACACUUGCACAGCAGCCACUAUGGCCAAAGCGUCAAUCAACACAAGCAAAGAGAAGUGGUGUCGUCAUCACAGAGCAAGUCAGACAAACGCUUCAAUCACCUGUCAUAGAGAAACUGUGUCUGGGGUGAAUGACUGAAUGACACUGCAGCUGUUGUUUGGUGUCCAUGUUCUGAUCACUCAACAUGGUGGAGGGCAGUCAUGUGACAUGUACAGCCUCCUGUACCCCACAGUGUUCAGCUGCUCUUACUGUGCAGACAGAGAAACAGUGAAUCUCACCUCGGCUCCAUGGAUCUGCUCUCAAAACAAACCCUCCACAUCAGUCAGAAUCUGUGUCCACUGUGACCAAAGCUCACAGCAGGAGGGCAUGCUCCUCCAACCUCACCUUCAUCCUGCCAACCUCCUCUCCUCCAUCCUCCACCCUCUUCACCUUCAUCCUGCCAACCUCUUCUCCUUCAACUUCAUCCUGCCAACGUCUUCUCCUCCAUCUUCCCCCCAUCCUAACCACCAUAAUGCCACUCUCUUUACCACCAUCCUGGCAUCCUCUUCUCCUCUAUCCUCCAUCCUCCCACCUCUCCACCCUCCUCUCUUCCAUCCUUCCUGCUCACCUCCAUCCUUCUUGCUAACCUCCAACCUCCCAGGCUCUUCUCCUAAAUCCUUCCACCUCACCUCCACCCUCCUCUCCUCCUCUCCUCCACCCUCCUCUCCUCCAUCCUUCCUGCUCAUCUCCAUCCUCCUCUCUUCCAUCCUUCCUGCUCAACUCCAUCCUUCUCGCUAACCUCCAACCUCCCAGCCUCUCCUCCAUCCUUCCAUCUCAUCUCCAGCCACAACCUCACGUGAUCUGACAGCAGAGCAUCAGUCCACCCAGUCACUGAGCGAUAGGCCUUUCUGCUCACUAAUGCUUUGUGAAUGCAUGUACCUGUGUGCGUGCUUGUCUGUCCUCCUGUCUCAUGGUUUACACAAUCUGAUUCUCUUACAUCCACAUUUGUCUCUGUCUAUGAUCAGCUACUGCUGUGUAUUCAACUCAUUUGAGAUUUGUGCUGUAUUUAACAGAAUUUCUAUGUUUUUUAACCCGUUCUUUUUAUAUAAUUUAAUUUAUUUUAUAUUUAUUUGAGAUUUCCUUAAUGCCUUCUCCAGAUACAGUAUUAUAGCCUCCUGUAUGUGUGCACGUGUGUUUUUCUUACAACACGUGUAUGUAUAUGUAUGAUUGUGUGAAUGUAGUUAGGCACCUGUGUAUUGAUGUACGACUGUGUGAAUCUUGCUGUAUCAUUUCGAUUCAUUAGGGUUUUUUGUAACACGACUGAAAUUGAUUGUGAAUACUUAACACGCACACACACACACGGACAAUCCUGAAAAAAACAUUAUAUUCCAUCUUAAAGGUCCAAAUGACAGUGUCAGUUAAUCUUAAGCUAAAUUACACUUUUUUUGUUUGUGUCAGUGUGUGUGUGUGUGUGUGUGCGUGCGUGCGUGCGUGCGCGUGUGGCGUACAGCUCACUCAAGAUAGAUAAUGUGUAUAUUGACACUGUACAGACUAUGUAAAAACAAGUAUAUCCAGAAACGAGAGGAGAGGCACCAUAUGUGAUAGUGGAACUUGCUGUGUCACAUGUUGGGGGUGUAGGAUCUUUUUUUGUUUCUGAAGUCUUGUUUCAGUGUAAAUCUCCCUCACGUUGUUAGAGGUCUACGAGUGGCAGUUGAAGGCGACUCUGAACAGUCUGUGGACACACAGGUCUCUACCUAUCAUACACUGUGUGUUCCAGUGUCACAAUGAUCUGUCACUCUUUCCAGAAACAGGUGAUGUGUAUGUGUAAGAGAUUGAUUCCUUCAUGUGUCGUAAAGAUUAUGGGCUGCAUAAGUGAGCUCUCCAUCUCCAGUAAAUGCAUCAGUGUGUCACUGAACCAAGCUUCAAAGAUUCUGAACACUAACACACUGCCUCCCUCAUAAUCCAUCCUGCUAAAAAAUAAAGACAUCAGAUCCUCAUGGGA